AUGUUUAUCCUCCAAAUCAAGUGUGAGCUGCUGGACUCCCAGAAGAAGGCUGCUUCCCUCCAUGAGCUCUCAGCCCAGCUGCUGGUGCACACCCAGACCCAAAUCCUGCCCCAGGCUUCAGAGCAGACCCAGAACCAGACCCAUGCCAGCAAUUGUCUGGAGGCCCAGGAGAAGGUGCAUGUGAUCGGGAACAGGCUGUGGCUGCUCCUCUGGGAGGUCAGUGCUGACCUGGAGGGCCUGGAGAGGAGACUGGGCACCAUGGACACACAACAGGACUCCCUGCCUUUGUCUCCUGUGGACAAAUCUGACACCUCUGGAUCCACCAGCCCCGUCUCCGAGGAAACUGUGACGAGUCGCCGGCGAUCGCCCCUGGGCAAAAGUAAUCAUGCCCACCCAGGACCCCCUGAUAGUUGCCCGCAUCACAGUCUGACCAGGUCUCUGGGUAGCGGUGGCUGUGCUUCCUCCCGUUCUGACUCCCCCCUGGCCCGCUCUUCCUCGUCCUCCUCCUCGUUGUCCUCCUCGUGCCCUCCGAGGGCACAGUCCUUUAUCCUGAAGGUCCUGAGAGCAGCCCUGCCCCUCCAGCUCCUCCUCCUGCUCCUGUUUGGCUUAGCCUGCCUGGUGCCCACGACAGAGGAGGACAACAGCUGUCACCAUGCCAACAACUUUUCCCGCUCCUUCCACCCCAUGCUGCGCUACACUAAUGGACCAGAAAUACUUUUUCAUGUGUAUGAAUGUUCGCUACUCCUCUCAGGACUUUCUUCCUCUGCUACACAAAGAUGACAUUCACUCAUUUUAGAGUCUCUAACCCCUACCAAACCCAUUGAAUAACAAAAGCAUCCCUGGGCUACAUGGCCUAAACAACCUCUAUAUGAAAAUUGUUCCUCAACACCCAUCUACAAGAUAAAUGGACCUAUACCUUGUGAAUCCCCUAAAUCACAAAAUAAUGUAAACUAUUUAUUUGUAAUUCUUUAUAGUAAUCUGUAUGUUAUUUUAAGUUUGAGGAAACGUCUGAAGUUGGAAAAAACAUAUCACUAUUUACAGUAUGUGCAGGUAGCCUAGCGGUUAUAUCAUUGGGUCAGUAACCGAAAUGUCACUAGUUCGAAUCCCCGAAGGUAGAAAAAGUGUCAAUGUGCCCUUAAACAAGGCACUUAACCCUAAUUGCUCCAGGGUCGCCGUUGAUAAUGGCUGAGUUGGGAUAUGCAAAAACCUAAUUUCCAAUAUACACUUGUACAUGUGGACAUUUGUACAUGAAACAGGACAAAUAUAUGCGCCCAACAAAUUAUUAUGUUUGGAGCUGUGGACUGUGCUGUGUGUGUGUGCAGUUCAGAGAGUUCAGUGCUGCUGCUACUUAGUUGUUACUCAAUCAGCAUUUGGUAGAUGUUAGAAUCUAUUAAGCUAGGGUGCCUCCUAGCAAGUGAGAUGUCCAACUGUUAGUGCAUAGACUAGGCUGCCAGUGAAGUUUGAAUACCGAACAUUCCCAUUACUCCUAGAGAUUCUAUAGAGCUAAAAGCUGAACCCAGAGCACUGACAUGGAGGAAAACUAAAGGGACAUGACUGACCUGCAAACACAUGUUGAACUACAUAAUUGGUUAUAGUUAGGUUAAGUUUAGAAGUUUGGUUAAGAUUAGGGUUAAUGUUAGGAUUAGAGUUAUGGGUUGGCAUGCCAGUAACAUCCCUUUUGUGGAACCCCACUGACAUGAGCACUGUUGAAUGAAGGUACUGCACUGAGACAUCCUCCUCCUAGAGCCAAGACAAGUAUUUAACGUAGAUUUUAUUUCGGUGUUUUAAAACAAAACAAUCAAGGCAACAAGACGAAUCAUGUAAACUCACUUGUAAGAUUCAGGUGAUUUGUAUAUUGAUGUUUGAAAUGCCCAUAGCUGUGGGAAGUAGUUUGGGAGUGGGGGUGCUGUGAUUUUCUUCAAUAUCGGUCCGCUAAUACAGGACUAUUAAA